ACACUAUCCUGCAGGACUUUCUCAUUCUCCCAGAGGCCCACACAUGCAGAAAUAGCCCAGAUCACUGGAGCUGGGAGCUCUAACCAAGAGUCUGUAUCUGAUCCAGGUACGUAUAGUACAUGUGGGAAUGAUACAUAUUGUACAAUGCAGACAAUACAUAACACGAAACUUCAUCCUUACUUCAUAGACCAUGACACACCUCCCAACAUCUCACAUGAUAAAAGAGGUACACUUUAAUUUAAGGGGUGUGAGUGGGGUGUGGCAAGGGGCAGGGCUGUUCUGAUUUACUAACAAAAAUUUAUUUAACUAAAAUGUGAUUUAGAACAAGAACAAUGUAUCUUAUUUACAGACUGAUUUCUGAACACAUUUAUUGUAGUUUAAUGACCCAUUACUGGGAGUAUUAUUACUGUGGAGCUCUGUUAUACACUCAGACACAUUACUGGGAGUAUUAUUACUGUGGAGCUCUGUUAUACACUCAGACACAUUACUGGGAGUAUUAUUGCUGUGGAGCUCUGUUAUACACUCAGACACAUUACUGGGAGUAUUAUUGCUGUGGAGCUCUGCUAUACACUCCGACACAUUACUGGGAGUAUUAUUGCUGCGGGGCUCUGUUAUACACUCAGACACAUUACUGGGAGUAUUAUUGCUGUGGAGCUCUGUUAUACACUCAGACACAUUACUGGGAGUAUUAUUGUUGUGGAGCUCUGUUAUACACUCAGACACAUUACUGGGAGUAUUAUUGUUGUGGAGCUCUGUUAUACACUCAGACACAUUACUGGGAGUAUUAUUGCUGUGGAGCUCUGUUAUACAGUCAGACACAUUACUGGGAGUAUUAUUGCUGUGGAGCUCUGUUAUACACUCAGACACAUUACUGGGAGUAUUAUUGCUGUGGAGCUCUGUUAUACACUAGACACAUUACUGGGAGUAUUAUUGCUGUGGAGCUCUGUUAUACACUCAGAAACAUUACUGGGAGUAUUAUUCCUGUGGAGCUCUGUUAUACACUCAGACACAUUACUGGGAGUAUUAUUGCUGUGGAGCUCUGUUAUACACUCAGACACAUUACUGGGAUUAUUAUUGCUGUGGAGCUCUGUUAUACACUCAGACACAUUACUGGGAGUAUUAUUGCUGUGGAGCUCUGUUGCACACUCAGACACAUUACUGGGGGUAUUAUUGCUGUGGAGCUCUGUUAUACACACAGACACAUUACUGGGAGUAUUAUUGCUGUGGAGCUCUGUUAUACACUCAGACAUAUUACUGGGAGUAUUAUUGCUGUGGAGCUCUGUUAUGCACUCAGACACAUUACUGGGAGUAUUAUUGCUGUGGAGCUCUGUUAUACACUCAGGCACAUUACUGGGAGUAUUAUUGCUGUGGAGCUCUGUUAUACACUCAGACACAUUACUGGGAGUAUUAUUGCUGUGAGCUCUGUUAUACACUCAGACACAUUACUGGGAGUAUUAUUGCUGUGGAGCUCUGUUAUACACUCAGACACAUUACUGGGAGUAUUAUUGCUGUGGAGCUCUGUUAUACACUCAGACACACCAACAAUAUGGAGUUCCUAGAAAAGAGGGGCAUUAGGAGAGAAAAGAUAGGGAUUUGGCCCCCAAAUAGCAACGGACCCUCCCCAAAUAGCAACGGACCCUCACUUGGGAGAUGUGUGAGAGAGUUAUUGGUUAUAUAAAGGAUAUAUGGUAAUUACUAUAUAAUUCUAUAAAUUGGGACAUUAGAGAGGUAUGUGUGAGGGUUAUAUGUUACAUAGAGGGUAUAUGGUAAUUAUUACAUAAUUCUAUACAUUGGGACACCUGGGAGGUAUAUGCGAGGGCUAUAUUAAUCACAUUCUCUUUGCCAGCAAAUGAUAACUUUAAGAAAAGUGGCAAAUAGCUUAAAAAGACUAGGCAUCACAAGGGCUACCAUGUGGCAUCUGGUUUAAUUGGGAAGUAUAUAUAUAUGGGCAGCAGAUGGGGGCUUUAUUACAUACAUAGGGCCAUGUCUGUGUCCCCAAUCCCCAAUUUAUUGGCACCAGGUGGGGCUCUAAUAUAUACGCAGGGGCAUCCCGUGCACCCCUUCAGAUGCACACAUGAGCAUUUUUUGGAUGCCCUGAAGUUUAACUAGGGGCACACUAAACCUCCCCACUAGCCCCCACACAUGACUGAUAGGUUAUAUAAAAUAGGUUAAAUAGCAUGGGGGCUCAGUAAGUGGGACAUGCCACCAUCCCCAACCACGAGCUUCAGGUGGAGGGUUAGACAUACCACUUUCUACCCCCACAAAUGAGCAUCCUAUCCCACUAGGUGUAGGAGGUCCUACCUGCCCUAAUAACAGUGAAAGUGGGCAAUAAAUCUAAUACUGGUUACACAAGAAUUAGGAAUUCUUCUAAAAUCUCCUUUAGGUCAGCCCUUUAAGAGACCAAAUAAUAACAAACCAAUAUUAAAAACCAACACAAUUAUAUUUAAAAUAAAAGACCAAACCUAAAAAACUAUUAAAAAACCCCACAAAAAACGCACUACAAUAAAAGGAAUUAAUCGUUGCCCUUUGAUGGCCUAGUGCCAGUUGUCAUUUCAAUGAGAGAAAGGCCUUUCGAUGCUCCAAAAUGUGACUGAUUCUGAUUGGUUGGUUUUGUAGGGCUCUGAUAGACCAGAUUCGAGUCUCACAGUGGCCAUAUCUGGCACAGCAGUGCUUUAUUUUCAUUAAGUUAUAAGUAAAUUCAUUUAAAAAAACAAAACAAACCUUAAACCUCUUUUUUUGGCUUUCAGGAGCAGUCUUUCUUGGCAAUAAUUUAGCUAUACAUUAUUCUACAGAGUCUGGUGUGGAACUAAAAUCUUAACUAAUUAAAUAUUGUUUUGUAACGGAUCACCUGGCACCCCGACUGGGUACCUCCAUUGAUGCUCCUAGCGCUUCCUGAGGACUCCAAGCACUGCAGCAGACACCACAACCACCGAACCGGAGAAGCAUGUGAAUGAUCUCAAGCAUAUGAAUGCUGUAAACAGCUGAACAGGAAAAGCAUACAAUCAGCUUACACUCCUGGCAAUCAGCAUACAAUCCAAUUCCCCCAAUAACGAGACAACACUUCAUUUUGAAGUCAAGCAGAACUACCUGUACUGGCACAUACAGCCUCUUUUAUUCACAAUCCACAAACAUAGUACUGCCCACAGGGUUUUGAAACACUGCCAAUCAAUCCGUACAAUACACACAGACACUCCCACACAAAAUCCUCCCCUCUGCCUGUGAUAUGAUUACUGAACACAAUGGGUAAUAUAAUUAUCACAGGUAGAGAAAUACAGUAUUAUAAAACAUAUCACAUAGCAAUAACCCCAUAAAAACAGUUUAAUGCAGAUUCCGCAGAACAAAUACAGGCUAUUUGAAAAAGAAUUACUGUAUAAUGUGUCCCCUGUUCUGUAGUUUAAAACUACUGCAUGAUGUCUUUGUGCACCAAAUACCGUCGAGGUGGCACUGUCUAGAAAAGUCCAAACAGUGUCUGUGAGUUAAAAUGGACGCCAUCCAUUGUUCUCACCAUGUGCUUCAUCCAUUGUUCUCACCAUGUGCCUCUGAUAUAUGAAAUGGGGGCCACCCAGUAACUCCACAGUUUGUCUGGUAGUCUAUCCAGCCGGACCAACAGAUGAGACACAUGGGGAACAGUGCAACAAACGAAGGGAAUCAUAAAACAUAUGGAAAAUAGUCAUAUUUGUGCACAAUCUCCAGUUUUGUCACAGGGCACAAAUAGUGUUUUCAAAUGCCAUAUAUCCCAGGGCCAUAGUCCGAAGGUAGGAGGCGGGCAAGCAGCCCCCUCCAAGAGCACGUGGCGAGGUCUGUUCCGCCACAUGUUUUAUCACAGAACAAUGGACAAUAUGGGUGGGCAAUGAAUAAAUUAACAAUAUGGGUGAAUAAUAAAUUAAUGGACAAUAUGGGUAGGUAGUUAAUCAAUGAAUGGACAAUAUUGGUGGGCAAUCAAUGAAUGGACAAUAUGGGUGGGCAAUCAAUGAAUGGACAAUAUGGGUGGGCAAUCAAUGGAUGGACAAUAUGGGUGAAUACUAAAUUAAUAGACAAUAAGGGUGAAUAAUAAAUGAAUAGACAAAAUGGGUGGACAAUAAGUGUAUGGACAAUAAAGGUGAAUAAUAAAUUAAUGAACAAUGUGGGUGGGCAAUAAGUGAAUGAACAAUAUGGGUGGGCAAUAAAUUAAUGGACAAUAUGGGUGAAUAAUAAAUGAAUGGAUAAUAUGGGUGGGCAAUGAAUGAAGAUACAAUAUAGGUAGGUAAUCAAUGAAUGGACAACAUGAGUGGGCAAUCAAUGGGUGGACAACAUGGGUGGGGAAUCAAUGUAUGUGCAAUACGGGUGGGCAAUCAAUGGUUGGACAAUAUUUUUUAAACCUGGGUAAACCAGACACUACAGGAAACAUAAGAAUGGGAACAACAUCUAGCAUUUUAUUUUCUGGAAGCCAGUCAGCGGUAAGAAAAGUAUUAGCGUUACUGUCUGUACCGUCCCUACUCUCAGACCCAGAUUGACGAUUAGAACCAUAUUGUUUGUGAGUCAGUGAUAAUAUUUUCAUAUCUGUUAGUAGGUAUACAGAGAUUGCUGUCCAGCCAUCUUUUCUUUUCUCCUGUAGUUGAAGAACCCUUAGCACUCCCACUUCCACACGUUUAGGAGAGAAUGUAAAUUCAAUCUAAAGAGCUGAAGCAGAGGAAUAUGGUAAUGGAUUAAACUGGGGUGAGGGAGAAUUCCAUUUACUGCAAUCUCCUUUCUCUAUGUGUGGUCAAGGACAACUGUAUGGGGUAUUCCAAAGCUGACUGAUUAGUCUAAAAAUCCUGAUUAGUAUUGAUUAACCAAAGCAGCAUCAUUCUAAAGAGUGAUAUGAUGCCCAUCUAGUAAAUGCAUUGUUUUAUUCUUCUGCUGGUCUCAUCUCUAUAAGGGAGUAGAAUUAAUACGAAUAACUUAUCUUAGAGAUCCAAAGACUGAAGCUGAGGAAACUACUGAGUCUUAGAAGCAAAGUCCCAUUGGUCACAGUCAUAGGUGAAAGGUGGAUCAGGAUAACACAGCGACAAUGCAAGGAAUCCUUCCCUGCAGAUCAAGGUAAGAACAUAUUAUAUACCAUAUUACAUUUUAUAGUGAUAUGAUAUUAUACACAACACACGUGCACAGAGAUAGAUGGAUAGACAGGCAGACAGACAGACAGAUAGAUAAUGGAUAGAUAGAUACUGUAUAGAUAGAUAAAUAGUGUAUAGAUAGAUAGAUUGGUAGAUAGAUGCUGAACAGAUAGAUAGAUAGAUAAUGGAUAGAUAGAUAGAUCGAUCGAUAGAUACUGAAUAGAUAGAUAGAUAGAUACUGUAUAGAUAGAUACUGUAUAGAUAGAUAGACAAGAGCUUUACAAUCAGGUAAGAGAUCUCUUAUCUUUCUUCUUCCCCUUAAAAUACUUUCACUAACCUCACUCCCUCUGCUGUUCUAUUUUCAUUCGUACCCGCUACCGCGGAAGAGGUUUCUGCUCUGCUCCAGUCCUCCCGCCCCACCACCUGCUCCCUAGAUCCAAUUCCAUUGCAUCUCAUCCAUACUCUGUCUUCUUCUCUUUCUCUAGCUCUCACUAAAAUUCCCCUACUUAACGCCAGAUGCGACUAAGGUGCUGGCCCAUUCCACUGUCCUUUCUCGCCUUGACUACUGUAAUCCGCUUCUCCAUGGUCUUACUUGCUCACAAUUUGUGGUGUUACAGUCCAUAAUGAAUGUGGCGGCGAGGCUUAUCUUACUGUCCUCCCGCACCUUCCACGCCUCACCCUUCAGUCAGUCCCUACAUUGACUUCCUGUAAGAUAUAGGGCUCAAUUUAAAAUUCUGGUUCUUGCUUUCCGAUUGCUACAUAAUGCUGCUCCAACCUAUCUAUCCUCCCCUAUACACAAGUAUGUCCCGUCUAGGCCCUUACGAUCUGCUGAAGACUUACGUCUAUCUUCUGUCUGUACUCCCACCUCUGAUGCUCGCCUUCAAGAUUUCUCAAGGGCUGCACCGUUCCUGUGGAACUCACUUCCUUCCUCCGUUAGAUGCUCACCCAGUCUCCACUCCUUCAAAAAAUCAUUAAAAACCCACUUCUUCAUAAAAGCGUAUCAAUUAAACUGUUAAUAGCUCCUGACUGAUUCCUCUUCUGCAACUGUCACUAGUCUAAUACUAUCCUUACCUUUUUGUGUCAUUUUACCCCAACCCCCUAGAGCAUGUAAGCUCAUUGAGCAGGGCCCUCAACCCCUCUGUUCCUGGUUGUCCAACUUGUCUGGUUACAACUACAUGGUUGUUCGUCCCCCCAUUGUAAAGCGCUGCAGAAUUUGGUGGCGCUAUAUAAAUAAUAAUAAUAAUAGAUAGACUAAACUAAUUAAAUAUUGAAAUAAAAAUACACGUUACUAUAUAAGCAAAUACAACAAUAAGCAUAGUCAUUAAUAUUCACCCUAAUAAAAAGGUACACAUAAACACAAACACAGAUAUAUUAAAAUGAUAUACUAAUAUAUAUAUAUAUAUAUAUAUAUAUCAGAAGAAAUUAGUAUCUGGUACCUUUUUAUUGGUCUAGAAGAAUUUUGGAAAAACAAGUUUUCAUGAGAUCCUCCCUUACUCAAGUCUAAAGCAUUUUGGAAUAUAUAUGUAUAUCCAGUGUAUGAAUCCAGAAUUCUUCAUGUUGAAUGAGUCAUUUGGCCUUGUGUUCCACCAUGGUGUUGAUCCUUCACACGAUCAAAGCCAAUAAAUCUCAGAGACGCCAACUGAUGGCUUGUUCAUUGCUUUACUUUGUAUUUAUGGACACAGACAUAUAUUUAAACACAUUCCAUGCCUUUUUGUUUCCUUUCAUUCUUCACAUUUCUUUUCCAGUAAAGUUUGCGUUCUAAUCGUCUCACGAGAUGAUCGGAGCUCAUAUGAAUGGCUGAUAUCCAAUCUGUUGACUAUACCAUGCGUGGGACAUGUCCAGCCUGUUUAUAUCUCCAGUACCAAUAUGAAUUUAAUUAAAUACAUUAAAGGUAUCACAGUAAUCGUUCUCUAUCACACGAAGAAUAGAGGAAGGGUUAAUAUCACCGAUGUCACAGACUCCAUUUAUGACAGAGAGCUGGAAUAUUUAUCUCGUAGAUUCGGUAAGAAUUACAUAUUUUAUCUCAAAGAUUCCAAGUAAAAUGACAAAUACUGACUCCAGUAAAUAGGAUUUCAUACUAUGAGACUGGAAUAAAGCCCCCACCACUGGUUAUACUGGCUAUAAAUAGAUAGAUAGCUAGAUAGAUAGACAGACAGACAGAUUGUUUUACAAUUGACCUAUUAUUAACCAAAGUACCUUAAUAAAUAAUACUAAUAAUAAAUAAAAUGUAGAAAAUGCCUUAAGGCAGUAAAUAUUAUUGAGAUGUGAGAGAUCAACCAGUGUUAUGUAAAUGAAAGCCCUCCUGGCUUGCUAUCAGUCUCGGAGAAUCCCAGCUCACAAUAUUGUGGACACAUGAGGUUGUCAGCAUGCUUUAUACCUGAUAGCCCAGAGCAGGAGGUCUUUGACUUAAAUAUUUCAUUCACAGUGUUCUGACUUAUCCAAGGUCCAUAUAGUGUAUGUGUUUGCGUUGCAGGGAAGGAAAAUGUUAUUGUGGUGAUUGAUGAUCUGGAUGCCGGCAGCUCAGAGCAGAAGACCAGGAUCCUACAGAACCAGCCGAGCAUUGAGAGACUGGCCAAAGAUCUAUUCCUCUUUACCACAAUGGAGAAAGUAGUCAAACCAAGUCAGAGCAAAAUGUUAAUACAGAUAAAGGACUUUAUUGAAGAAAAAGGUAAAUGGAAAAUUGUUUUUUGCGCCAUGUCUACCAAAGUCUCGGUCACCAUGAUGACAGGUUAGUCAGAAAAUGUAAAUAUUUAAAGCACAGCCCAGUACUUGCAACUAGACUUGAGAACUAAUGCAUUUCAUUCGCUACGAAAGAAUAUAAUUCUACAAUCGGACUAAUCGAUUAAUCUGACUCCGCAGGUAAAUCCUGUAAGGAUUGAUUUGUUUGGGCGCAGAGUAAAAGGAAUUUGAUAUGUCAUUGCAGCUGAAACACAUUCGUGCAACCCACAGAGAAGACACACAUAAGACAAGUUGUUAUAUACAUUUUAUUAGAAGAUGCAUUUUUUUUAUUUUUUCCCCCUUUUUACAAUACUUUUAAAUGUACUUUAAUAGAUAACUAGUGUAUGUUACAUAGGCUGAAAAGAGAUGUGUGUCCAUCAAGUUUGUUUUUAGCAGUUGAUCCAAAAGAAGGCAAAAAAAAUUAGUUUUGAUGAGUUUGAUGGAACUGACAUAGUUUAUAGGGAAUUUUAUCACAGUAUAUGUUGUCUGUGAUAAUCCAUAUCAUUUGGAAUUGUCUGUUUAUUUGUAGUGAUGUCCCGAACGGUUCGCCGAACGGUUCGCUGCGGACGGCGAACAAAUGCACUGUUCGGUCUGCCCCCUAUGUCAUCAUUGAGUAAACUUUGACCCUGUACCUCACAGUCAACAGACACAUUCCAGCCAAUCAGCAGCAGACCCUCCCUCCCAGACCCUCCCACCUCUUGGACAGCUCACUAAGAAUGCAGCUUCACAACGAAUGUAAAAUGGAUGCUGUCCAGGAGGUGGGAGGGUCUGGGAGGGAGGGUCUGCUGCUGAUUGGCUGGAAUGUGUCUGUUGACUGUGAGGUACAGGGUCAAAGUUUACUCAAUGAUGACAUAGGGGGCGGACCGAACAGCGCAUAUGUUCGCCAUCCGUGGCGAACCGUUCGGCGAACCAUUCGGGACAUCACUAUUUAUUUGUAUCCCCAUAUUUUCCUCUUCAGUAAAAUGUUUUCCUCUUUGAUUUGAUUUACUUCCUUUGUUUUCAUUUCAUUGUAUAGAUGCAGUUAGUUUACAGAGGACAAACAUUUAUUUGGGAGUUUAGUCAGUGCAAAAUGUUUCAAAUACUCAGGUCAAGUAAAAAAAAAAAUUCUCAUAUUAAUAUGUGAUGCUCAUUCUAAAUCGCCAGAAAUUACUGACAAAUUCCCUCAAUUUUAUAUUUUUGUAUAAGCUUGUCAAAAGAGUUAUUAUUUAUUUUUAAUAAUCUUUUUAAAAUAAAUUGUUUCCAAAUAUUUCAAUAUAUAAAUAUAUAAUCUCUAAAAAAUAUAUCAAUGUAUCAAAAAUUAUCAAAAUGUAAAAAUGUUUUGAAAAUAUUAACUCAAUUGAAAGCUGUGUCUGAGUCCAACUUUUUGUGCGUUAAUCUAAUCUUUAUUUGUAUUUACUUCACAGGUAAAACAAGGAUUUUACAAAGCUGGAAGGUAAGAUAUAAAAUACUUUGCAAAGUCUUCAGACUUAGUGAAAAUUAUCAGAUUGUUAUCUUGAUUAAAAAUGAUGCAGACUAACAAAUGCCAAGCCAAUAUUUUUAUUGCAAUUCCUUCUACUCUAUGGAGUAUAUUUAAAAGUCAAAACUAGGUAUUUAUAGUAGAUAUAAAAAAAAAAGAAAUAAAAUGAAAUAUGAUGUUUGUAUAAGCAUUCAAACCCCAUAGUUAUAUUAGUUGAGCCAUCUUUUGUAGUAAGAACAGAUUAAGGUAUUUUACAGAAAGUAUCUUUGGACACUGUUUGGGUUGUACAUUUAGCCCAUUCUGCCAACUUGACAGGACCCCAGCAUCCCAAUAUCACUGCAUGGGUUUAUACUCCAGAGAUAGAUUCUAGAAACCAGAUUAUGGGAGCAAUGACCCACCAGGCUAACAUUCUGCUUCUGCUGCAAUACCAGCCUUAAUAACAGCAAAACAGAACCUGGAAGAAUAAAAUGUGACCCGAUACCGAUCCCCCCAGGAAUGAGAGUAUAGAAUAUAAUCCAAGGAUCUUGAUUUGUCUCUCUGGGGACAAUCUUUAAUAACAAGAACAAUGUCCUGUCCAAAAUUAGCAAAUCUAGACAGGUAAUGAACAUUUGUCCAAAGAACGGACAUUGAGGAAAAAGAUGUCACCAAUAACAAAUAUGAAUUGAAAUGGCCCAAUGAGUGCUCUACCAAUAGCAUAUUUAAUAACUCUACUAGUCCCUUGUUUACAUUAUGUAGGACGUUCUGAUUCAGUUCAUUCCUAGGGAUUAUCAGACCCGGGUUAGAACCGAGACAGUGGUCUAUGCAGGAAACAUACACGAUUUUAGAAUAAAAACCAUAGAAAAUUACACAGUGUAUUCAUUGAACUCCCCUUUACGAAAGAACCAAUAUAAUCGUUGUAUACAUUAGAUUUACAUAUGUAUCUUUUUUAGGUGACACUAUAGGCAUUUACACCACUUCAUUUCAAUAUUUUAUUUUUAGCCUUUCACUCUAAACAUUGCCAGAACAACAAUCUUUACAUUGCUAGUUUAUAAAUGGCUCUCGUGUCAAUCUGACAGCCAUUAGAGGCGUUUCCACAGGCGUUUCUCAAAGAGAUCAUCUGAUUGGCUCAGAGCAGUUUUGUGCCUUUCAUGUGCUCCAGGCUGUGACUGCUUUACUAUGGUAAUGCACAAUGAUCUCAGUCAAGAAGGCUGGAUGGCUGAAAUGCUUCAAGGGGGAACACCCUUUUCAUGACCUACAUACAGGGACCAGGUACCUAAACAGCCACCUGGGCACUAUAGCGUUAUGAAUACACAUUCAUAUUUCUCGUGCUAUAAUGUUCCUUUAAUAGUAUAUUGUAUUUAUUCGAUCUUUGGCAAUAAUCUCUAAUGAGUGAUGAUACAAUAUCUACUUAAAACGCCUGAUAGAACUUUCUUCUUUUUGUUUUCAGGGAAUGCCUGUAAUUUCUGUGUGUUGCCUGACAUUUUUUGGAUUUGGGACAUUUUGUAAAUUCAAAUUAUCGACUCUUCCACUCUGGUAUAUAAAUCAUCUGUUUACUAGUAGAUUGUAUCCUCUCUCCGGACAACUUUCUGUUCUGUCCUUUGACCAGUGGCUUGUUUGGCCUUUUCCACUUGCUAUAAGUUAUUAAUUUUAAAUUAUUUGAAGAGAACAUGGUUCAUAAAACUGUACAGAUUGUUUUCAUAUUGUGGCAAACCUAGCCACUUGGGACUGCCUAAGAUAGAAUGGUUGUGCCUAUUUUCUGUUGUGUACUGCGCGCCGGUAUAGUGUGGCGUCUCCGGCUAUGUUUAAUUUAUGCUGUACUGUGUAUGUCUGUUCGAAUCCUCCCCAUUCGUUAGCAUUGCUAUUAAAACUGAC